AUGUAUGGAGAUUUGGCAUUGUACGUGUGUACACAUUCACCCACCCACACAUCUCACGUAAAUACCCGCAAACGCUCACACGUAACUGCUCAUCUACAAUUUUUUUGUUUGUUUUUUCUGCUGCGCAAUAAACUGCAACGAACAAUAACUCUUUCCUUCAACAACAACAGAAUAGGAGGGGAGGGACUCCCUGUAGGACGACUGGUGGUCAGGGGAGAGGAGGAAGGAAAAGCGUACCGGGGGCAAGAACAAACUGCAGGAAGUAAAGCGGCUGCACAAAAUAUCGGAAUGACUACUGUGGAUCAGGUGGUGGUGUACGCCGAUGUGCGUGACCCACAGCUGCUAAAUCAACUCACCGCGGCUGCCAGCGCUCUGUGCAAGGAUCACACUAUCCAUUCACCUUCUACUUGGAACUCCGCGGACCCACUGUGGUUUUUAAACUUUUGGGAGAAGGAAAGGGAUGAUGUUUGGACAUACGUUAAUAAUAAAGUCCCGUUCUUGCGCCGCUUCGAGUGUUUUGUUACGGACUCAAAGGAUCAAAAAGAUGGGGUUGUGGCAUACGCGUUGUAUUAUCGACAGAUGCCCGUGCUCUCACUUGUCACAGCCGUCACUGGCAUUAAGGAAAAAACCGAGGUGAAUGAGGACUGGAUCACCACCGCGCUCUACCGCACAGUUGCUAGGAUGGGCUGUUCUUCUCCCAGUGAUGCCAUUGCCGUCUUCUUCACCUUCCCGAAGUCUGCGGGAAAAGUAUUGGCGUUGGAAGGUGAGUGCCGCGCGCUCGUGACGGAACAGUGCCGGCUGUUGCGCGACUACAUACUCCGUGAGCGGAAUAUACCGGUGGAACUCGUAGGAGCCGGUGGCUGCGAUUUGAGGAGCUCCGAUUUAGUUGGGAAGGGAGCGGCGACGGCCGAGGAGGAGGAGGAGGAGGAGGAGGAGGAGGAGGAGGAGGAGUCUGCUCUCUAUGCCUCAUUGAUCGACGAUCUGCUGAGCAAUCCCGAAUUUCUUCCUCUUCGCGAGGUGGAUCCGCAGCUGCACGGGGCUCUUUGUGCACUUAACCGUCAUCACAACCUCCGUCUUCUUCGAUAUCGGCUACAGCGUGGUAUUCAUGUCAUUCUUUCUCGCCCGAUGUCGUUCGUUCUUGAGGAGCUUCUUCGAUUUUGUGGCCCGCAGGCGGUGCCACCGUCAACGAUGCUGGAGGGCGUUGUAAAGUCGAUACAGAACUUUGAACACCACUGGCUUGAGCUGCCGAGGCCGGAGGUGAUUCUGAUCCGCGUAACGGGCGACGCGGCUACGAACGGCGAGGCAUUCGCCGCGCCGAGAUGGACAGCAUGCCUUUGGGACGAAGGGCAGACACCGGCUCUCGACACGCUGUCGAGUUGGCACGUGGUGACGGUGGGGGGUGCUGAGGGCGGACAUCGUCAAACACUGGGCCGGCUCCAUGAUGGGGUGCGUGACGCGGCGACAUCCGUCCUUGCACUAGCAGUAAUGGGAAAUACAUACAUAGAGGGGGGGAAUUCGUGA